AUGACAACUCCAGCUCCAUUGUCCGUCACUGCCGAUGCGGCACUCAAUUCACAAUCCUCAUCCGACACCUCACGGAAUGACAAUGACUACUACGAGGUCACUGCGUACACAACUCAAACAUCUACCGAUACCGAUCUCGAAAGUGAAGGCCCUCCAAGCUCGCCCUUUAAUGCUAACGUUCUUGAUCCUAUCGACCGCGAAAACGUCUCCCCAAGCAAAGCGUCUCGACUGACAUCAAAAAGUCCUAUUGAGCGCGAACAUAAAUCCCCUUUCAAGCUGUUCACAAGUCGCACAUCGCCAGGACCAAAGACACAGUCUCCCAGAAAGACCUCCGACCCAUCGGGGAGUCCUCGAAAACUUUCCUCUCCUAUGAGAUUUCCUGUAAAGCCUUCCCUUUCGCCAGAGAAAAAACCCGGGACUAUGGAAGGAGCAUUGAGUAUCGAGAAUAUCCUAAGAGAUAAUGAAGGGCUCACCAAGGCAAUCGAGAUAUUGGAGGACGGGGAUAGCGAGAACGAAGAGCACGUUACGGAUGAUACCCUGGCUAGCAUGGCAGCCGGCCCCAGCCACGAUGAGACAACCAAUAUGGAUGACACAAUGGCCAGCACAUUUAGUAACUUCUCGGCGGUGCCAGACAUGACUAUGUUCGCAAAAACUGGGUAUAGCCCUGCGAAGUAUUCUGGUCCAACUCCCAGAAGAACCCAAAUCCAGACUCCAGCAACAGCGCGACGACCAGCGAACCGUUCUCCCUCUCCAACUCCUCGAGGCAAUAGAUACGGACAAGGGAAAGAUGAUGAAGGAACUGUCAACCUUCUCGACUUCACGGAACAGUUCAACAAAUUUUCUGGCCACACCUACCAAUCGCCAACCCGACAAGCCAGACAGUCUCCAUUGAAGAGCGCAACAAUGCCAGAUAUGGCAUGGGGAUCGACUACCCCAUCAAUGAAUCGAAAUUAUAUGUCAAAUCUUCUUGAUUUCGAUAUACCGCCAGCUCCAACACCAAGGAGUAUGCCAUCCAUCACACCGAGGGAGCUUGAGAGUCUGAAGUCAGGCUUUUUAUCUGAAAUUAGCAGUCUUAAGGCUUCUCUAAGUGGGAAGGAAGCUGAAGUCCAGUCUCUCAAAACCGCUGUCGGCGAUGCAGAAAAGCGGGUCGGCGAGAGUACGGAGCAGGUCCGAGAAGAGCGGGAUUUGAAAGAACAGCUCGCAGCCGAGAAGGAGGAGUGGGGAAAACGGGGUCACGAAAUGGAGGCUGUUCUACGGAACGUGAAGGAGGAGAUAGUACACGGGGAGCGCGAGCGCGAGGAACUUGAAGGUCGCAUCGAGGAGAGUGAGCGAAGGAGAGAAGCUGCAGAAGUUAUGGCUCAAGAAGCCGAGAGCAAGCUGGCCGCCAUGAAGACAGGAAGAGUAACGCCAAGUCCAGAAAGUAACGAGCCAAAAUCAAGUGAUUGUGUGUGCGGAGGGAAGACUGUUGAGCUCGCUGUCGAGAGAGUCUCGAGAGAACUCCACACAUUAUACAAGGACAAGCAUGAGAGCAAGGUCGCUGCUCUAAAGAAGAGCUACGAGCGUCGAUGGGAUAAGAAGGUCAGAGAUCUUGAGUAUCAAGUCGAAGAUCUCACCAAGGAGGUCGAAGAGCUGAAGCGCGACACAACUAUGACAAAAGUCGACCCUAAGAACCCUCUCGAACUCACCGAAGAUCUGGAGAAGCAAGCAGCCCGGGAUGCAAAGAUGAAGGAGCUAGAAGCCGAGCUUAAGGGUCUCACGCAAGUCAUUAACAGCGUCAAGCAUGACAACUCCGAGCUUCGAAAACUUUUAGAUGAAGAGAGAGUGGAGAAAGGCAAAUUGGUCACUGCUGUCGAUGAGAUGAUCCCCUUGGUAGCUGCUUUCGACGACAUGCUCGCGGAAAUGAAUUCUGCACCUGUUCAUCAGCAACCUACACCCCAACCGCAAAUUGCAGCAUCUAACGUCGAAAAUCUAAGGGGUAGCAUCUCAAGAGCUUCUGGCUUGCGGGCACCAAGUAGCAUUUCUAGUCAUGCGGCAGUGGAGAGUCGCAUCGGCAGAGGAAAGUUUGGCAUCCCAGCUGGACCUAAUCAUGAUAGGAGUGGAAGUGCUCAGAGCAUGAGACCCGGAAGUGGGCUUGGAUAUCGAAGCGGUAUUAUGAGUUCUAUUGAAAAGAUGGGAAACCAUAAGGGGCGAGGAGACUAA